AUGCGGCAACGUUACGAUCCCCUAUCCUUUCGUAUAACAAGAUUUUCUCUUUCAACAACCCGAAACAUUGCUGGUGGGUUUAUUUUUUCCUUGCUGGUUAUCUUUUGGUUUCAUUGGCAACAUGGAAACAAGAAGAUUCAAAAACUAAGGGAGAAAUGCUUUCACCAAAAUGGCGGUCAUAUUCUACAACAAAAGCUUUCAGGACGAGACGUGUCAAUUGGCAAUACAGUAAAGAUGUUCACGGAUGAAGAACUAAAGAAGGCGACUGAUAAUUACAGUGAAAAUAGCAUCAUUGGUCGAGGAGGUUUUGGCAUGGUUUUCAAGGGAAUACUACCUAACAAUCAAGUAGUCGCCAUCAAAAGGUCCAUCAAGGUUGAUUCCACCCAGGUCGAACAAUUCAUUAACGAGGUUGUUGCCUUGUCACAAAUCAAUAAUAAGAAUGUGGUAAAGCUCUUAGGUUGUUGCUUGGAGACGGAGGUACCAUUGCUCGUUUAUGAAUUUAUUAGUAAUGGUACAUUGCAUGAUCAUUUGCAUGAUGAAGGAAAAAUGUAUUCUUUUACUUGGGAUGUUCGCUUAAGAAUUGCAGCAGAAGUUGCUGAGGUCUUGGCUUAUUUGCAUACCACAAUUUCUAUACCGAUAAUUCACAGAGAUAUUAAGUCUGCAAACAUACUCUUGGAUGAUAAGUGCGUAGCAAAAGUUGCUGAUUUUGGAGCUUCUAAGCUAGCUCCGGUAGAUCAAGAGCAGUUAGGGACUAUGGUUCAAGGGACAUGUGGUUAUCUUGAUCCAGAGUACAUGCAAACUGGUGAGCUCACUGAUAAGAGCGAUGUUUAUAGCUUUGGUGUUGUUCUUGUCGAGCUACUAACUAGAGAGAAGGCCAUAUCUUAUGCUAAGCCUGAAAAUGAGAGAAGCCUUGCUGUAUGCUUUCUUAGGAAAAUUAAGGAAGAUCGUUUAUUUGAGAUUUUUGAUGAACAAAUUGUAAGUGAUAGUGCAAUGGAGCAGCUUAAGGAAGUUGCUAAUCUUGCAAGGAGGUGCCUGAAACUUAAGGAAAUUGGGGAUUUAAAUAGCGAUCUUAGUGCUUUAUGAUAGCGCUGGUGUGAAGGCGAUGACAAUUAGGAUGAUAAAUAUCAUUUAGAAGAAGAAGGUUAAGAAAUGAAAGAAUUGAUAAGAGAUUAAAGAUGAGGAAGUAUAUGAGAUGAAAGAGAAGGUUGGAGAAUUAAGUUUAGAGGGGAUGGGAAACAAGUAGUGGACGGCAGUUAGACUAUCACAAUAGGGUUUUAUUUAUUUUAUUUUUGAUUUUUAAAAAAGGGUUUUAAUUUUAUUAUAGUACAAAUUUCUAGUAAUAAAUAUUAAAAUAUAUCUAAGAAACUGGAUUUUAAUAAUAAGUAGUUUCUUAUUUUUUUUUAAAAAGAAACCGCACAUCUCUUGUUUAAGGUUACUUUUAUCUAAGAAACCGGAAUUUAAUAAUGUAUGGUUUCUUACUUAUAUCCUAAGAAACCAGAUAUCUCUCGUAUAUGGUUCCUUUAUCUAAGAAACCAGAUUAGUGAUUUGCAUGGUGCCUUAUGACUGGUUCCGUAGGCCU